AUGUCUGCUGGGUCUUCAACUUAUGCUGCUAAAGUUUUCCUGUCGUCCCUCGUCAAGAUUGAGCUCCAUUUGACAAGAGCUUUGCAAGAUGGAGUGUUCGACAUUUGUCAAGACAUACGCAACUUUUGGUUACCUGUGAGGAAAGCUAAUUAUUCGGGAACGAAGCAACUGAGAUAUUUGGCACUCCAUCGAGCUCGCCAAGCAAUGGAACCCACGUGCAAGCCAAGCCCAAACUAAUCAAGAGGAUGUUAUCCGCACAAAAAAAAACCAAUCUGUCAAUUCGAUUUUAUGUAUAUUCAGUCAACAUUGGGGGACCAGUUGGAGAGAAACCCGUUGAAACUGAAAUACCCACUAAAUAUUUCCCGAUUUUCAAAACCUUUUGGGCAGAGCAUUCAAAUCGAUUGUGAGUGUGACGGCGGCGUAGAUAUGACAGAAGAUCAGCUUUUGAUGAAUUUCGCCUCUUGAUAUACCCACAUUUCAUUUCAGUUCUUUGUCCUCGAAACACGAAAAAACCCCCAGAUUUCUUUCUGUGGCGGGGGAGAAGGGCGGGGGGGUUAUAGAGUUCAAGGAAGAAAAAGAAAACUUCACCCGCAGUCGAGCGUUUAAAAAUCCUAAGAAAUGGGAUCCGAAUUUUUUGAGCAUUUCGAUCGUUGCGUGUUUUCUAACUCUCUUUUUCAUGCCCUUCUCAGAGAAGCAUUCCGGAACGGAAGAUUUUUUUUUCGGGGGGCUCGGAGAAAGGUGGGUUGGUCAUUCAAUUUGGGUUGUAUUUCGCGAGCGAAAAAGUCGCCGAAAGUUCUUGCGAUUCAUUAUAGGCUCUGUGAUACUGAUUCGUAAGCGUGCGCGUGGUCAAGAUGUUGGUCGGAUCAUUGUUUCCAGAUAGUUCUCUCCAGGAAUGCGAGAUGAAACAAACGCGCUGCGGGUUUCAAGGAAUUUUGACAGUCGUGAAGCUGAUCCUCAUAGCUUAAGGAUUGCGCAAAUGGAAUAUGCUGUCGUUCAAUUUU